CAACAAAGCUGUCAAAUUCAAAAUGUUUGACGGUUAGACUGUUUGCGUUUAUGUACUAAAGUUUUAAAUAUAUUGACGCUAAACAUUCAAUUUUGAGAUAUAGUUGUUAUUAAAUAAUUUUGUUUAGGAAGAAUUAUUCGCAGGACUUUUUGGAACUGUAUAAAUGUAAUAUAAAGCAUAUAAUGGAAAGAAAUGUUAACUGCAGUGUAGGGACAGAAUCUUCAGAAUCUGAAGUUGGGGAAACUACAAACAGUCCCAAUUUCACAGCACUUCUGAAUAAAGCAAGGGAGAAUAUAUGUGGUGCCAAAAAUUUACACAACAUAGUAGAUUCGGUGGCAAAUGAUAUUAAAACAAAUUAUAGAAAAUCGAUUGUAAAGAGAGCAGUUCAUCCGGUUCUGGUUUGUAGUACCCCCUUCUCCACUCAAAAAACAAAAAAUGAAGAUUCUUUUUCGAAUUUCUCUACCUUAUCAGGAUUAUCUGAUCAGCCAAAAAAUGAAAAACUUCCUAGUAACAAAGAGAAGAAGAGAAGAGAAGAUAUCAAUAUUGAAAUUGGAAAGCCCGAUAUUUCCAUCAAGAACCAGGAAACAAAACCAGAAAUCGUCGAUCCAGAUGAAUUCAUUGAAAUUUCUGAUCAAGAACAAACUCUAACUGAAAACAAUGUGGAAGAGGAGUUGAAAAAAAAUUGUUCAGAUAAAAUUGAAUCUGCCACAUCCAAUGUUGAUAUCAGCAGUAAUAAGGAAGAAACAAAGAAAAAUAAGAAGGAUGAUAGUAAAAUUAUUAUUGUCAAGGAGAAAAGUAUAGAUAGAACAAGUAGAAAGAAGACCAGAUCUCCUUCUGAAGUGAAAAAAUCUUGCAUUGAGUACGAUUAUGUUACCGAGGACUCAGAGGAAGAAUCUGAAACAGUUCUUGAAAGAAGAAAAAGGAGGGAGAAGUUUUCAGCUGCGUUUUCCAAUCACAAAAACAGGAUGGUGAAAGUUCAUAAGGGAAGGUCAUUAUCCAGGAAAAGUAAAAAAUAUGUGAUAAUUACUGAGAGUUCUGAAGAUGAUAGGAAACAACGAAGGAAGCAUUCUGUUAAAAACCGAGAAGGAAGAGUGAUAAGAGUGCCACUCAGUGAAUCUGAUGUGGAAGUAAAAAGAAUCCGAAAACAAAGGGGCAUUUCGAGAUCUUCUCGUUACAAAUACCACGUAGUUGAUACAGAUACUUCUAUUUCCUCGGAACACUCUGAAAGUGACUCGUCUUCCUAUUAUGAGAGUAAAAAGCAGUAUCUGAAACACAAAAGUGAAAAAAAGGCAAAAAUUAGGGAUAAAAGUAGAUUGCAUAGACCCCAGUUCUCUCAAAACGUUAGAAGGGAAUAUUCUCGUGGGAGAAGAGAGACGAAAUUCCUUGCAGUCGACGAUAAUCAUUAUCGGGACAAAAGCAAGCGAUUGUCUAGAAAGGAUACUUUCAAUCUGCAGAGCAAAACUAACAGGAAAAAGGAAAAAUUUAGAGAUAUUGCACAUGACAUUUCUUCGUCUACGAUAGAAUCUACAAAAACGACAAAAGUUGUAGAUUUACUAUCCGAAAUUCGUAAUUUACUGACGGUUCAAAAAAAGGAAGAUUCAAAAGGUAAGAACAUCGUUCCGGAGAUUACAAAUGUAGCAAACCAUGAUACAAUCGACAAUAUGAAUAGAAAGGAGAUGGAUUUUCCUGUUGAGGCAAAAAAGGCAGAUAUGAGUACUAAUCAAAAUCUGAAAAAAACUAAGAGUGAUGAUGCUGACGCUAGCAAUAAGAUAGACAUUAAUACUAAUGAAAAUGUGGUAAAAACUAAAAAAACGCAUAAUUCCGACAUUGUCAAUAAGGCACACGUUAAAACUAAUGAAAAUCUGAAUAAAAUCAAAGGAGAUGACACUGAUGUGAUCAGUAGGACACAUAUUACUACUAACGAAAAUGUGAAAAAAGCUAAAAGGGACAAUGCCGACAUCAUCAAUAAGACACACAUAAAUACUGAUGAAAAUCUUAAAAAAGUUAAAAGAGAUAAUGUCGACAUGAUCACUAAGAGGCUCGUUAAAACUGGUGAAAAUUUGAAUAAAAUUAAAGGAGACGAUGCUGGUGUGAUCAAUGAGACACACGUUAAUGAUGAGCCGAAUCAAAAUGAAUUAGAACCUCCACUAACACCUUUGCUUCUGAAGCUGAAUAAGGUCAUUAAAGAUGAAGACUUGCAAUUUUACAGAGUCCGUAUGGAUCUGUUACGAGAACACAACAACAAGACAAAGAGAAAACUUUUGAGGAAAAUAGCGAGACAACCAAAUUCCUUCGAAUACAAUAAAAAGGCGAAGAUUUCGCUUUUUCGCAAUAACAAGCGUUGUAAAAAAAAGAAAUAUGUUUGUAGAAAAAAACUCGACGACGUUCUGGCUUCCCUAUCGAAAAAUAGCGCAAAGAAAAAUAGGAGAACGAAUACUAUUGGUGUGCAGACGUCUCUGAUUAAAACGCUGGAGGAUUCACAACCGAACGUCCGAGUAACUCGGUCGAAGGAUUCACCUAAAUCGGCGGAGCCUAACGCGGUGGAGCAUAAAAAAAAUUCCCCACUCGUGAAAUCGCCCUCCGAGAAAAAUUACCUGGAGAAACUUAGGGCGGAGUAUAUCAGUGAUUCUUUUGAAGUUUCCGUCGUCAGUACGGGGGCCCAAUCUUGCGAACAGAACGUGAUCAUACUGCAGAAUUUGACUGUUCAGAAAAAGCGAACAGAAGACGAUGUGGUUUCUUCUGAAGACGGUGAAAAAGUGACAGGGGAGUUGUUGACGAAGAACAAACCGAGAAUUCCGAUACACUGGGCGCCAUUGCCUUGCAACGUCGACGACAGUUCAUCGGAAAAUUUCAACGAGGAUCUGGAAUUAACACAGUCUGUUACCUCAACUGAAUCAACUUAUACUCCUGCUAUAAUAAUGGGGAAGGAUGCGAUGAAACCUGCCAAAGUAGAUAGAGCAGAGGAUGCACUGGAAUUUUCUAAAGGAAGAUCGCCACAAGACAAAUUAGGCAAAAAAGGUAAAGGUGGAAAGGAAAAUCAGAAGCCACCUUCGAAAAAAGACGUCAUCAACUCGCCCUCUAGUCAAAAUUCGCCGAUCGAUAGAAAGAAAAUGGCGAAAACCACAAGGAAAAUUUCGCCAGCAAGUGAAUCGGAUGAUGUGGUUCGGAUCCAGCAAGAAACGACGGAUAAAAACGAAUUUUUAGCGAAGAUGGAUCUGUCACCGCAUUCCGAAAAACACAGGGAGGUUCCGAACAAGUCCAAGAAAGAAUUACGGUGUAAACUGAACUUCGAAGACACCGAUACCGAGCCACUCGAUAUGGACAGCGGAAUUAAAAGCGACGAUUUGCCAUCUCCCAGAAAAACGGCGAUAGAAAGGAGGAAACAGCAGAUUGCACAAGGACGUGGCGUCGGAACGGAUAAAAAAGUUGUGUCUCCUCAUUUCGUCAAACCUUCCAAAGUUCCGGUGAGAAGCAAGAAAAAAUUGCCAUGCACUAAAUUGGAGCUCCAGGAUAGCGAUACUGAACUGCUCCAUACGGACGCUGGAAUAAAAAACGACGCGAUGGAAGGGAUGAAACGCACAUCGCCAAGAAGAAAACCUGCUGAAACCAGGGCUAGUGUCUCUCCCGACGAUUCUAGGGAACCUAAAAGCUUCGGAAGUAAACACAAACGUGAUAUCGCCGAAGAAAAUGUUCAGGAAAUGAAUAUGGAUAGUGGAAUUUCGAAUGGCAGUAGCGUGCCACCUUCAAACAAAAAAGAACAUAAUUUACCUGAGAUUUAUGUCCAGACAUCAGAAAUUCAAGAAACAGAGGCUUCUUCGCGGAAGACGCCUCAAGAAAACAACAUCUCUUCAUCUGAAAUUUCAGCCGACGUAUCUGAAGAAUACUUUGCGAAACCUGUGGGUGUCCCCAAAAAGAGUAAAAAGAAACCCAAGUCGCCUAUUUCGAAAAAAGACGCGGUGGUUGAGAAACAAGAGAAAAAGAAAGCGACGAAGAAACAGCCGAGUGCAAGAGCGAAAAAAAAUAAAGAAGCACCAGAGAAAAAUGAUUCGGAAGUAGUCGUAAGGAGAUCUAACAGAGAAAAGAAAGCUGUAGACCUCGAUUUGUUCGCACGUAUUAUACAAUAUUCUGAGAAGGAAGUAAGAAAAAAUGCGGAAUCGGCAGCAACCAGUUUGGUAAGUGAACAAUCUAAAAAUACAUCAAAGUCGAGAAGCAAUAAAAAAACAACUUCAGCAGCCGCCAAAAACGUAGAAAAAAAAGAGUCGGCAUCGAGAAAAACGAGAGCGUCCAGACAGGCGGAAAACGCACUUAUCAAAUCUAAAACGGAUAAAAGUAAGGGUACCACAGAAGAAAUUCCCGAUGAGGUGGAGGCUCAGGGCUCAUCGGAAAACAUUGAAAUUCCCGUGGCGCCUAGUUCAUCAGAAAACAUGUCGACGGAUGGAAUAUCUCCAGUGGAAAGUGAUACUGGAACCUCCAAUAGAUCAGACACGGAGUCGAUGGAGAAAAAAAAGUCACCCCCCAAAAAAAGACGCACUAGUCAUUCUAAGCCUCCAACGAAAAAGACGAAAAAAAAAACUGCGCCUACCAGAGUUUCGACCAGAAAGAAGCCUACGAAGAAUGGCAUCGAACGCAGAAUUGAAACGUCAGAUCACGAAACCAUUGAGAACGACGAAAACACGACGUUGGUUGAGAUCGAUUCACAGGGCGAAUCAUCUAUGAAAACAUCGGAUUCGACGGAAAAACCAUCGAAUGUUUCUGGGACUGCAACGGAAGCUACCUCGACCAUUGGGGAAGUGACAAGUGCUGCGGAAAUACCGGAUGUGUCAGUUGAAGAAGAUGGGUCCGUAAAAGCCGCAGUGAAAAGAAAGAAAGCCGACGCUGAAAGUAAGACGAACAAGAGGAGAAGGAAGCAUGGGACAAUGGAAAUGCCCAGCGAUGAGCUGCCGGCAGAUCCUUCGAGCACGAUCGAAAUCGAUAUCGAGGCCCACAGAGAGGUUUGGCAAACCAUAGCUGCGGAUGUGGAUAGGAUUGGGAAAGGAGUCUCGGGGACUUACAGAUUGACAAGCGCUUGUGGAUUUUUAGCUCUGGCUCCGAAAAACACCCAAUCGUUUGUCAACAACGAGAACGAACAGAUUUAUUUCCGACUGGAAGGAACGUAUAAUUUGAUAUUGGGAAACGCCUUGGUGAAGAACCCGCCUAUUUUCAUCAUACCCAAAGGUGUCCCAGCUGAAUUGAGGAAUACCGGUAAAAAACGUGUCUUAUUUAUGUAUGCAAUGAGGUGAACAGAAUUUAUUUCAAAGAAACAUAGUUUUACAUAAUUUUUUGUUUGUUUUUAUACCUUAGUAUUUAUUAUCUAUUGUUAUACUGUCAUUGCCAAAUAAAACACAUGUAUAGUU